AUGCUGAUAAGGAAAAUUAUAUCAACUAUUAUAAUACUAUUCUCGAACGAAACCUUCUUUCUGAUAAUGGAACUAUGGUCGCUGAUAAUGUGUUAAUGGAAGGAUAUGUAUCACAAUUGACUAAAGACCUCAGUCAAAUUUCUCCUAUUUUACAACCAAUGAUUAAGCAUUUACGUUUAUUUAACGAGCACGUUGCUAAUGAUCAACGAACUACACAA